CUCUCUUGACGACAACAAACAUGGAGGAAUAUGCCCGUGAACCUUGUCCCUGGAGAAUAGUGGAUGACUGUGGAGGGGCUUUCACCAUGGGUGCAAUUGGGGGAGGGGUGUUCCAGGCGAUCAAGGGCUUUCGUAAUGCCCCUGCAGGGGUCGGACACAGACUGAGAGGAAGCACUAAUGCAGUGAGAAUAAGAGCUCCUCAGAUCGGAGGUAGCUUUGCUGUAUGGGGAGGGCUCUUCUCCACAAUCGACUGUGGGUUAGUUCGCCUGAGAGGGAAAGAGGAUCCUUGGAACUCUAUAACAAGUGGAGCACUUACUGGGGCCAUCCUGGCAGCACGCAGUGGGCCGUUAACUAUGAUGGGCUCUGCCAUGAUGGGGGGGAUUCUGCUCGCUCUCAUUGAGGGUUUUGGGAUCCUCCUAACCAGAUAUACAGCACAGCAGUUUCAGAACCCUGUUCCAUUUGCAGAAGACCCCGGUCAGUUGCCUCCAAGGGAUGGAGGUCAGCAGCAGCAUCAGGGGACAAAAGGGCAGUUUCAGUAGAGCAACCAGGACUGAGAGCAGCUGUGGACACCGUGAGUCAAACCAGAGAGUAGGGAGGACACCAGACAUUACAGCAGGUAUCAGGAGGACCAGGAUGUGGAGAUACUGGUCUCUACAGUGGUGUCAAGACUAGUUGCACGAUGUACUUAUACCUCAGGGGCAAAAUACUGUGAGUUUAUUUAUUUUGUGUAUUUGUUUAUGAGUUGAAUGUUUGUGACAAACGUCAUGCUUGCAACUCCAGCAUCUCAUGCAACAUGUUCUGUACUCUUCACUGUGAUGGGUUGAAUAUGCAAUUCUGAAAUGUGUUUGUAAAUCAAUUUGAUUAUUUAACAUUUAGGCAACAGAUAUAUAUUAAUAGUUUGACAUUCUGUGAAUUAGGAUUACUUGCUUUGGUGCAGAGAGUAAGAUGAGAAGAUCAACCACUCUCUGCUGGAGCCAGCAGUCACUUCACUUAGAAUAAAGACUGUAAACAGGCUUUGUCCAAAGGUAACAACUAAAUAUUUGUUAUUUUACACACGGUUAUGUGCCGAUUGUUUCUUGGCCACAUUCAGUGACUUGCAGUCUUGAGUUGGCAUCUAUCUUUUCAAUUCUUAUAAGUGUAUUUCCCGAAACAAUAAACUAUUCCUUCAGGCUUCCAAAGAUAUUACAUGUGUAUGCACAGAUUUAGUUUUUUAAUGGCUGCAAGGCAGAACGGUAGAGUAAUAAGACGAAUGAGACGUCAGUGAGGAUUUAUCUUGAAGAGAAGUAUUCUGGAGCAGCGAGUCUGAAGUCUUAAAUUAAGUGUCAGCUGUGACAAUCAAUGCAAAGAACAGCGUGUGUUUUUAAAUGGUGUGUGUGCUUAAGAUGUGGCUAGGCUCAACAAAAGCUAAUGCCACUCUUUGUUUGCAGUUUCUCUUAACCCGGCAGCUUUUGUCACUUUGAGUCUUUGUUGAGUAUUUAUUAUCUUAACUACUAGCAUGAUGAGCACAAAGUGGGAAAAAUAUGGAUGAGUUCCCUAAAAAUGAUGGCUUGAAAUGCACCCCAUAGGCACUUUGAUCACUGCAUUACCCAUCAAGCACUUUUUAAAGUCCAUCUCUCUGUUUUCCUAAAAUCGUAGCAUCUUCCACAGGAUUGAGAUGGUGCAAUGUGAUUCUGUGUGUUUUACAGUCGAACUAUGUAUAGAAAGAAUGUUUAUUUGAUGUAUUGUCUUAAUAUAUUCAUCUUGCAAAAGCAGAAAAACAUACAAACAAUAAAGGCAUCACAUGUUCUUUAAUACUGGUGUUAUUCUUUCACGUGGCCAU